GCCCUGUGUCAUUGGGAUAGAGUGAGGAAGAUGGGAGCUGUGUGUGUGCAGUAGGAUGAUGCUGAUUGCUCAGCCAAGAAGAGAAGAAGCACAGCAUCCCCUGGGCUCAGUGAGUCAGGGAAACACUGCCGGCUGGACUAGCCUGAGAGGCAGAGGGGGGUUGCAAGUUGCAGCAUUGCUUGGGGAACUGUCCGACGUCCUGAAACUGAACUCUCCCUUUCAUAUUUCCCUGGGAACUGUCUCUUUGUUAACGCCUCCCUCUUUCCUAGUCCUUGGAUUGGAAACGGAAAUUGCAAAGCAUGGUGUAUGCUGCAGGAGAGAAACCUGGGAAAGAAUCCGAGGAAGUGAAGCUACUGAACGCCAGCAAGCAGAUUGUAGAAACCGCUAUCCUGCAAGCUGUACAUCAAGUAUCUCAGGAAGAUGAGAAAGAACAAAAUAAACCAAGUAGCAGAGCAGAGAGACAGCAACCAGAUGGAAAAAGCAAUACACCAAUUCAUAAGAAAUAAACUGAGUUGCCUUUCAGUAUAUAAAAGCCAGCUUGUACCCUAGUCACAGAUGUGCCAGCAGUGCAGUUGUACCUUUCAGCAAGCCAAAGUAUAACCCGAAUGUAAGACCACAACAGUGAAAGUAGCAUUUUGCCAUGAAGCAUUAUCGGCUUGUGCAUAAACUUAGUUUUUAUUGUGUCACCUUAUAGCUUUUAGACAAAGAGAGGGGCAGAAAAGAGGGUUAUUUCUCAGUUAAUUUAUUGCUUUAUACUAAUUUACACUAGAUUGUGUUGAUCAACAGAAUAUUGUAUAAAUUGUGUAUUUACCCAAUUAAUAAUGGGUUUCGAAACAAUAGCUUCAUUCUAUCGCUAGAUUUAAACAUAAAAUUUCUUAAAUAUGAUAUAUUUUUGGUUCUUGACAUUAGACAGCUUGAAAAACAAUAACACACAUAUAAUAUUUCAUUUAUAUACAAUAUGUAAAUAUACAGAAAUUUUAUGUAAUUUAAGUCGAUGCCUUCUUUUCUUAUUUUCAUGGAUUAAAAU